CUGGUGAAUGAGCAUACAACAUUGCAAAGGCAUCUUCAAUCAGCUCACGAGGGAGAAAACCAUGCAUGGUGCAAUAACAAUGACUUCAUAUCGAUGCUGCCAAAGGACACAAAGCAUCACCAUGACGAAGCCAAUGUUUUAGAGCAAACAUGCCUUGACCCGCAUUUGGAAAAGCGACCACGCAAAGAGUACAUCGUGCUGUACUCUGAUGCACUCUUUCAUGAAGCAUCCAUUGAGUGGAUCAUAGCAACAGAUCAGCUGAUACAAGCUCUUGAACAUGCAUCAUUCAAGAAGAUGAUCGAUGUUGCAGCUUGCACAAUCAAUGGCGUUGAAAUUCCAAACUGCAAGCAGUCACACCAUCAAGUAAUUGACAUGUUCCACCAGCAGAUGAUGAAGCUGCGAGAACGAUUGACGGUACAUUUCCGCUUAACUUACUGUGGCCCCCUCGAGUCAUCGACAUAA